UUCGUUGUAUUAAUUUGGCGCUCGUAGGGGGACGAGAGGGGUGGGGGACGAGAAAGAGCGCUUUUCCGAGGAGAUGCGGGGCGAGUAUCUCGUCGGAGGGAUUGCCGGCGCGAUCUUGGGGUUUCUCCUCCUCGCCGGAAUCCAGGGGAGACGGCGGAGGGGUGACAGAGAUCUGGCCGGGGAGGCGGCCGCCGACGGGAAGGGGGAAUGCGGCUCGGAAUCCGCCGGGAACGCCGGCGCUGACAUUAUCGUCGUUGGGGCUGGCGUCGCCGGAUCCGCCCUGGCCUAUACUCUCGGAAAGGAUGGGCGCCGAGUGCAUGUAAUUGAGAGAGAUCUGACAGAGCCUGAUCGAAUUGUUGGUGAAUUGUUACAACCUGGGGGCUACCUUAAAUUGAUUGAGUUGGGCCUUGAGGACUGUGUGGAAGAAAUUGAUGCUCAGCGGGUCCUUGGCUAUGCUCUUUAUAAAGAUGGAAAGGAUGCCAGACUCCCUUACCCCUUGGAGAAAUUCCAUUCUGAUGUUGCUGGAAGGAGCUUCCACAAUGGCCGGUUCAUACAGAGGAUGCGAGAGAAAGCUGCAUCUUUGCCCAGUGUUCGGUUAGAGCAGGGAACUGUGACAUCUUUGCUUGAACAAAACGGGACAGUAAAGGGGGUGUCAUACAAGACCAAGUCCGGUGAAGAGUCAAAGGCUUAUGCACCUCUAACAAUUGUAUGUGAUGGUUGCUUUUCCAAUCUGCGACGCUCUCUCUGCUCACCGAAGGUGGAGGUGCCCUCCUGUUUUGUUGGUUUAGUCCUGGAGAACUGUCAGCUUCCAUAUGCAAACCAUGGGCAUGUUAUUUUAGCAGAUCCUUCACCCAUCCUGUUUUAUCCUAUAAGUAGCACUGAGAUCCGCUGUUUGGUUGAUGUGCCUGGGCAGAAGGUACCUUCCAUAGCUAAUGGGGAAAUGGCAAAUUAUCUGAAAACUGUGGUGGCACCUCAGAUUCCAGCUGAACUUCAUGAUGCUUUUAUAUCGGCCAUUCAUAAAGGAAGUAUAAGAACUAUGCCAAAUAGGAGCAUGCCAGCUGCACCUCUUCCCACCCCUGGAGCUCUAUUAAUGGGGGAUGCGUUCAACAUGCGUCAUCCUUUAACUGGUGGAGGAAUGACUGUGGCCUUAUCUGAUAUUGUUGUGCUCCAUGAUCUUCUCAAGCCUCUGCGUAAUCUGCAUGAUGCAACUUCUUUGUGCAAAUACCUAGAAUCUUUCUAUACCUUACGUAAGCCAGUUGCUUCUACAAUAAACACAUUGGCAGGUGCUCUGUACAAAGUCUUCUCUGCCUCACCUGAUCAGGCUAGGAAUGAGAUGCGUCAGGCCUGUUUUGAUUAUCUAAGCCUUGGAGGUGUGUGUUCAAAUGGACCCAUUGCUUUACUCUCCGGUCUUAAUCCUCGCCCACUGAGCUUGGUUGUCCACUUCUUUGCUGUUGCUAUAUAUGGUGUUGGCCGUUUACUGUUGCCAUUUCCUUCACCCAAACGAUUGUGGAUUGGAGCCAGAUUGAUCUCAGGUGCCUCGGCUAUCAUUUUUCCCAUUAUAAAAGCAGAAGGGGUUAGGCAAAUGUUCUUCCCUGCAAUGGUUCCUGCAUACUACAGAGCUCCUCCUAUGAAAUGAAAUUCUGAAAAAUAUCCAUAACCAUGGUGUAACUCAGCACCUGAGGACACUAGACAUGUUGUUAGCUUGUCUUUUCUCUGGAUGGGUCUGGGAUUUGCAAGUUUAAUAUUCCGAGAGUGCUUGGACUGUUGUGUUCUUUGAGUCCUUAAAUUCAGAAAACUGUUAAAUAAUCCUGAUUAAAUUUUCAAAGUUUUGGCAACAUUAGUUGUCUUUCUGCUUUGUUGUCAGUAGUUGUAUGAACUUGAAACAUCUGUCUUUUCUUGAAGCACUAAUUCAAUUCUGUGUCACCCAGUGAAUUCAUAUUCCCUAUUUACUCAA